AAUUGACCUUCGUAAGCAUUCUUUCUCCAUCCAGCCUCCAAAAACAUAAUUCCUCCAACAAACCCUCAAUGCGGCGUGAAGUAUUACGGACUAAAACAGGGUAAUGCAUGAUUUUACGACGGAAUAUUUAUAAUUACAAUUAGCGUUUUAAAUUUGUUUUAGAGGUAAGGGGUCAAAGAAUCGUUGGGGGUUAGCGCAAUUUUUCUGGUUUGGUACAGAAGCAUUUCCCAUCUACUCUGUGGAUACAUUCAGGGCCGGCGAUGGCCUCCGUAAUGGCCGGCACGAAGCUCUCGUCCUCUUGCACCACCUGCACCGCCAAUUCAAGAAAUCCAACGCAGGAAGAGGAAGAAGAACGAGACCAGAUCUCCGACGAUGAUCUCACCCCAGCCCUCUCCCUGGCGGCCUCCGCCAUCUCCCUCUCACUCCGGUUCCUUUCCGAUGGCGGCCGCGGAGGUUUAGGUGGCGAUCUACUCCUCCUCCCCUCCCAAACCCUAAAGCUAGACUCCUCGGUCCAGUCGGCCGCCAUGUCCCUCGCUCGCAUCCUCACCCUCCUCCGCCGCUCCCCCCAAAGCCUAACCCUAAAUUCCCCCUCUCCCGCACCUCCACCCACUCCCCGACAGUCCUGGUUCCUCCGCCUCCUCUCCUCGUCCCCCUCCCUAGGCGACCCGCGAUGGCCCGAAAACUUCCGAAUGUCAAAACCCUCAUUUUAUCUACUCCUCCAAACCCUCUCCCCUUCCCUAAAUUCCUCCCCAUCCGCCGCCUCCUCUGGCGUCAUCGCUAUCCCUCCGGAACACAAGCUUGGCGCCGCCCUCUUCCGCCUUGCCCACGGCGCCUCUUUCCGGGCCGUCGCCCGCCGAUUUGGCCUCCCUUCCCCGGACCUCGCCUGCCGCGCCUUCUACGAAGUCUGUAAAGCCGUCGCCGACCAACUCGGUCACCUCUUCGAGCUCUCCUCGGAUCUCACCCGCGUCCUCCAAGGAUUCCACUGGAUGUCUCUCCCCAACUGCUGCGGCGCCCUCGGCUUCUCUCGCUUCUGCUCGUCCGUAAUCGCACAGGCUCUGGUCGACUCCGAGGGAAGGUUCCUCGACGUCUCCGCCGGAUGGCGAGCCUCCAUGCCUCCGGCUGAGAUCAUUCCCCGUACCAAGCUCCACUCCUCACAAGCCAUCGUCCUCGCCUGCGGCCCGCCUCUCCAGCUCAACGGGGUCGGUUCAUCCGUUCCACGGUACUUCCUCGGCGGCUCCUGCUGCCCACUGCUUCCAUGGCUGCUUACACCUUUCAGCGGUGCAGACGAACCCAGCGGGGCCGCCGCCGUUUAUAAUGCCGUGCAUGCCCGAGGAAUGAAGCUUGUUCACAAGGCUUUUGUGAGGCUCCGGGCGAGGUGGCAGUUACUGCGCGGUGGGUGGAAGGAGGAGUGCGCCGAAGCCCUGCCCUUUGUCAUUGUUUCUGCUUGUCUUCUUCACAACUAUCUGAUCAAGUGUAGUGAGCCUGUGCCCGACGAAAGCGAUAUGGAAAAGGAGGUGGCGGAUGGGUUCCCGGCGUUUGAGGGGAAGGCGGAUAAGGUUGGGGAGAGGAUAAGGUGUGUUCUUGCCUCGCACCUCAGCAAGCUUAUUAAUCCAUGAAGGAAAGGAAUGAAUGAAUAAUGCCUACUUGGAUUGUGAUGCUAUGUAGUAUAUGUGAAGGUGGAGCAGUAAGAAUUAAAUUGAAGUUGGAUCUGAAAGCUGAAAGCCAUGGCUUUGGAACAGGGUCGCAUGCAACUUGUCUUUUUUUUUUUUCUUUUCUUUUUCUUCUCCUUUCUUGCAAGUUUUGAGGAGAGGUGAUUGGUGUCUUAUUCUGCUUAAUGAUUCAACUAAUGACGCCCAGCUUGAUCUUGUAUUUUUUUUAGGAUUAAAUAAUUAUCUUAUGUAUAUAAUAUAUAUUCAUUAAUAA